GAGGACACUGGGUGCAAAGAGCCGGAGGUACCGUUCCCAAGGCCGGUUGAUGAGGGGCCAGUGGAGUUCUUGCCCCCACCCAGGCCGUCAGCACACUUUGCUAGAGUCACCGUGGACUUGUCACCUGGAGAACCGGGGGCGACGUCGCUGCUCCUGCCCGCGGGUUCUGCUGGAUCCACCGGAUCAGUGCGUCGGGGGAAAGUGAGGAACUGUGACCCCAGGACCCCUAUUCUUCCUCGGCCUUCUGCGUGGCCGCCCAUCUCUUUUCUCCGCGCAGUCUGCAGCCAGGGGAAGCGCUGUUAGUGCUGUCCACAGAGGAGAGAGCCCAGGCUCGGACGAGUGCACACAGCUGCGAAGGGUGCCCGGAGCGGCGGCCCUGGCCUCCUGGGUCCAGGCAUCCCCGACCAUGCUGUGGCCCCUGCUGCUGCCCCUGCUGCUGUUGCUGGCUGUGAGCAGAGCCCAGACGAACCGGCCAUGCUUCCCAGGCUGUCAGUGUGAGGUGGAGACCUUCGGCCUCUUCGACAGCUUCAGCCUGACGCGUGUGGACUGCAGCGGCCUGGGCCCGCACAUCGUGCCAGUGCCCAUCCCUCUGGACACGACCCACCUGGACCUGUCCUCCAACCGCCUGGAGACGGUGAACGAGUCAGUGCUGGCCGGGCCAGGCUACACGACGCUGGCUGGCCUGGAUCUCAGCCACAACCUGCUCACCAGCCUCCCGCCCACUGCCUUCUCCCGCCUGCGCUACCUGGAGUCGCUGGACCUCAGCCACAACGGCCUGGCGGCCCUACCGGCCAACGCCUUCACCAGCUCGCCGCUGGGCGAGGUGAACCUCAGCCACAACCGGCUGCGGGAGGUCUCCAUGUCAGCCUUCACCACCCACAGCCAAGGCCGCGCGCUGCACCUGGACCUCUCCCACAACCUCCUGCACCGCCUACUGCCCCACGCCGCCCGGGCCGGCCUGUCCGUGCCCACCAUACAGAGCCUCAACCUGGCCUGGAACCGGCUCCGCGCGGUGCCCGACCUCCACGACCUGCCUUUGCGCUACCUGAACCUGGACGGGAACCCCUUGGCUGCCAUCGGCCCCGGCGCCUUCGCGGGGCUGACAGGCCUCACCCACCUGUCGCUGGCCAGCCUGCAGGGCGUCCCCCAGCUGGUGCCCCAUGGUUUCCAGGAGCUGUCGGGCCUCCAAGUGCUGGACCUGUCCGGCAACCCCAAGCUCAAGUGGACGGGCGCCGAGGCGUUCACAGGCCUGGGCUCGCUGCAGGAGCUGCACCUGUCAGGGUCGGGCCUGGCGCCGCUGCCGGAGCUGCUGCUGCGCCACCUGCCGGCACUGCAGAGCGUCAGCGUGGGCAGGGACAUGCAGUGUCGGCGCCUGGUGCGGGAGGGCGCCUACCCCCGGCAGCCUGGCUCCAGCCCCAAGGUGACCCUACACUGCACAGACACCCAGGAGGUCGCGGCCAGGGGCCCUGACAUUUUGUGACGAACGGUGUGGCCCGGGGCCACGGGACAGACUGCUACCCUGGGCCUGCUCAGGUCCUGAGUAACUUAGAUUCCAACGUGCCAGUGCGACGGGGGAGGCUGCAGGCCUCACCGUGGCACCGCGGGCCUGGGGGAGGGGCUCUGCUGCACCCAGCAGCAGCCUCGGCCCCUGUGCCCCUGUUGUCCCCAAACCACGAGCAGAGGGACUUCGAUGCCAAACUGGACUCCAUCUGUUCCUGCUGCCCUUCCCGCCUUGUUCCCCAAGUGCCUUCCCUCGUGCCCCGCCCCACGUGACCAUGACAGGAGGAGGGUGGGUGGGAGCCCGCGCUGCAGGCCAGGGCUCAGAUCCCCCUGGGCCCGCUGUCCAGUCACUCAGAGGCCGAAGCUCUCUUCCAGCAUAGUCCCACCUUAGCUCUGGGCCGUGAGGUCCAGCUCAUCCUGUUCCCUUCUCCCGAAGCCCUGGGUAGCACCUUACCUGUGGGGGCCACUGGAAAGGACAGCAGGUCCCCAGUCAUCACAGCGCAGUGCACAAACCCAAGGUCCCACGGGGGCAGACUCCUGGCUGGAACCUGCCUCCUGCCUCUCAGCCCCAGGCCCUCUGUGACUCCUGGCUCCUCGUCGUCCCCUCGCCGGGUUCCCCCUUGCUGUCAUUCGUGCCCUUUGCCUGUCAUCACCAGCGGCAGUGACAGCAGGGCCUUCAGAGGGGCGUCUCUGAGCCCGGGGACUCCCCAUGUGGCAUGGGCAAAGCCAGUUCCCCUAUCAGAGCCCCUGGGAGUGUGGGGCUCAGCAGUCCCAGCCCUGCCAGCUCCUCACUCUGGACGGGGGUCUCCCAGCAUCAGAACGGGAACUGCCAGCUCCCCUGAGGAGCUGAGCUAGCAGAGGCCGGCUGGACCCAGUUCUCCUGGGGCCUCUCCCCCACCUCUGUGCACACCCCACACCCAGGGCGGCAUCUCAGCUCCCCAGCCCUGGGCACUUUCCCUCCUCCUCGUUUUAUAAGCAUCGUUCCAUUUUUAAUGACCAUCCCUUCCAACCGCUGCUCCCCUCCCCCGCUGGCAGGGGAUGGGAAGGUGUGAUUUGUACAAAAAGAAAGUUGGUAUUUGUUCACUUUUGUAACAGUGGGGCCUGGGCGUGUGCUGGGGUGUUGGGCAGAGGCCAGCCUUGAGCGGCCGCGGGAGCAUCAGGGCUGGUCCCAGUCAAUGCCUGUGAGGCCGCAAGAGCUGUGUCUUCCUCCACCAGCCCAGCCCAGCGCGCGACCGGUCCUUGGUUUAAUAAACACUAUAUAAAGA